ACGAGACGGUUGUUGCCUUUCGAGCGAUGCGGCUUUAUUCUGCCCCACACCGGAGAUCUUAAAUAGCCACUCUAAUAUACCUUCCAUAUAGCAACAAAACUCCACUUCAAUUCCGCAACAGAGUUUGCCAAAAAAAAAAUAUAUAUAUAGUUUCGCGAUUAGGCGGAAAUUAGUCGAGCAAAUAAUUAUUUACCCGCGAGUGUGUCUGUGUGUUCGUGUUUCUGCAAUUCGCCAGUGGAAAGUGUGUUGAAUUCCUCGUCUGUACAUAAAACCCAAGUGGCCAAAAUGAUUGAAAGGCGCAGCCAAUUGGAUAAGAUAAUCAUCACGGCCAUGGACCGAUUUGUGUGGUUUGUCCUGCUGGUGGUCAUGUCGCACCUGGUCACCGAGUUCACCCGCGUUUCUGGCUAUGCCCGAGGCCAGCGGCAAGAGCUGGUGCUACUAAAUGAUACCCUCCUGCAACCCAUGCCAGUUCAAAAUAUGGUUCUAUACCCCAGCCAGGAGUAUGGCCAGUACCAGCAGCGUCCCGCCUCCGCAGUCUCUGUGAAUAGCCUGCAGCAGAAUGCUGCCUUGCUGCUGAGUAGUCUGGCGGCACAGGCCGCCCAGGCAGCGGGAGCGGCUGCAGCUGGAGCUACAUCGGUUCCCGGCAGCAAUGGGGCCAUCCUAUCCCUGGGCGAUGGGCCCCCGCAGCCUGCUCACACAGCAGAAAACACAUAUCCCAUGUUCAGUCUGCGACCACUGAUCGACAGCAUUUUCGAGAUUCCGAUUUCGACACUGCGCGCUGUCAACAAUCUGGUGGGUCGACUAACCGGCAGCUAUCGUCAGGCGGGUGCCGGUGCCGGUGCCACGACGGAACUGUUACAGAAAUCGGUGGCGGCCGGCACUGCCCUGCCCUCGGGCAGGCCCAGUCCUCCGCCCAACCUCCUGCCUCAUGGCCAUCCGGACGCUGAGCGCCAUCAAAUGCGCGAGGAGAUGGCGUAAAUUUAGGAAAAACCCCAACUUUUAGCUUGUAAUUGUGCGUGUGAAUGUAUUGUAAUUCCAGUCAGUGUAUGUCUUAACUGUGUGUUUGAUUUUUUCCUGUGCAUUUAAUGCAUUUCUUUUUGUACCUUUGUGAUAUAUGUGACCUUGUUGUAAGGCUAGCCUAAGGAUAUUUAUGUCCAAGCAUAAACAAACAACAAAACACAAAAACAACCCAAAAAAAUUAAGUUUAAUAAAAUAAAUGUAUCAG